GGUACAGGGUCGUCCCUAUUCGCACUCUUGUCCGACCAGAAACAACACCUGAGCGUUUUAGUUCCGCUUGGUGGACGAUGUCUUGGUGCGGACAGGAGGCCACAGACGAGCUGCUCCGCGAGUUUUUACGCACACGGUCGUCUGCCAGGAAUAGGAUGAUGAAGAACUGGGGCGUGAUCGGAGGCAUCGCCGCUGCUAUGGCGGUGGGUGUGUACGUGCUGUGGGGUCCCAGCGCAGACAGGAAGAAGAGGAGGAGAGGCAUGGUCCCGGGGUUGUUGAACCUAGGAAACACGUGCUUCUUGAACGCACUGCUGCAGGGUCUGGCCACGUGUCCUUCUCUCAUCAGGUGGCUCCAGGACUUCACCACCCACAGCAGCUCCCGUCUCUCCGACACGGGCACUCAGAGGGACACGCAGACGGGCAGGCAGACAGACACGCAGACAGACACGCAGACAGACACGCAGACAGACACGCAGACGGACACGCAGGCGGGCAUGCAGACAGACACGCAGACGAGCACACAGACGGACACACGAGUUUCCAAAACACUGUUGCAGCUCCUUACAGCUCUGUCCAGUCCUGAUCCAGGAGAGGAUGAUGUUUUGGAUGCAGGAUGUCUGUUAGAAGCUCUUCGUCUCUACAGAUGGCACAUCAGCUCCUUUGAGGAACAGGACGCUCACGAGCUUUUCCACGUCCUCACGUCGUCUCUGGAGGAGGAACGCGAGCGGCAGCCCAGAGUCACUCACCUGUUUGACAUGGAGACCCUGGAGAAAUCACCCGAGACAAGUGAAAACUCCAUGAGCUGUUGGAGUCGAGGGCCUCUGCACCCCAUCCCCAACCUGUGGAGGACGCAGCACCCGUUCCACGGACGCCUGACCAGCUACAUGGCCUGCAAACGCUGCGAGCGCCAGAGUCCGGUGCGUUACGAUUCAUUCGACAGCCUCUCGCUGUCCAUUCCCGCCGUUCAGUGGGGUCGGCCAGUCACUCUGGAUCAGUGUCUUCAGCAUUUCAUCUCCUCAGAAACCAUUAAAGAGGUGGAGUGUGAGAACUGCACCAAGAAACAGGCUGAGACUGAGGACGGUCAGGUCCUGGAGAGCCAGAGGACGACAUUCGUAAAGCAGCUUAAACUCGGAAAGCUCCCCCAGUGUUUGUGUAUUCACCUGCAGAGGCUCACCUGGUCCCCCGAGGGCGCUCCCAUUAAGAGACACGAGCACGUUCAGUUCUCCGAGUACCUCAGCAUGGACCGCUAUAAACACAGCAGCGCUACACAGAGACUCCAGAAGCCCAGCAGGGCCAAAAAACCCACACCGGAAGAACCACACAAUCAAAAUGUCGCCAAUGGAGUCGACCCAGAGCACCAUAACAACAACAACAAGCCGCUGUCAAACGGCAGCAUCUCGUCGGUCUUUCUCCGUCCGGCGGCGCUCGGCCCUCAGCUCGACCUCACACACGACUUCAGCUCAUCGGAGUACCUGUUCCGGCUGACGGCGGUGCUCGUGCACCACGGCGACACGCACUCGGGUCACUUCGUCACGUACCGGCGUGGCCCGGCGUCGUUCAGCCCGCAGUGGCUGUGGGUUUCAGACGAGUCCGUCCGCAAGGCCAGCCUACAGGAAGUCCUCUCCUCCAGCGCGUACCUGCUGUUCUACGAGCGAGUGCGCAAGUGAACCGGACCAGGACACCAGAUCUGUGCUGCAGGUCUACAGAGACCUGAACACCUCCAUGUACACACAGACGUAGUGUUGAUAUUAGAGCAAGUGUGUAGCUGAUCUCUACAGCAGAGCUCUUACCUGAAACACUGAGCGUGUGGGCAGGAUGAAGCCGAACUUACAGAAAGCUUCAGAUGAAGCAGUGAUGAUCUUCAUACUACAACGGUGAAGUCUACAAGUUGAAACACUCUGUACAUCUGCUCAAGUCAUGCAGUUAUCCAAUCAGCCAGCUGUGCAGGUACACGUCAAGAUGUUCAGUUAAUGUUUACGUCAAACACCAGAAUGGGGGGAAAAAUGGUUGUUGGUGCCAGAAGAGCUGAAACAGAAAAGCAUCUCGGACACAACACACAAAACAUCAAUCAACAAAACAUUUCCACAAACAGAACUGCCAUGUUUUUUGUUUUUCACUCCAGAGACUUCUAUGAGUUAAAAUCCCAGUUUCAGAAACACUCAGUUCAGCACAUCUGGGAUCAACAACAACGCCAAAAUCACCAAACGUUAACUGAAGAUUUUGACUUGCACCUGCAUGAUUUUUUUAUUUUUUUUGGUAUUGUGCUGAUUGGAUUGGAGCUGGUGGUGGGUGGUGAAGCUUAGGAUUUAAGCUGAAGAACUCUUAAGGUUUCCAUAAAUUGAACCUGUUUAACCAAUUCUUAACACUGUUCUAAUGCUUUUUUCCACACUUUAUUCAUUACGGAAGCUUUACAAAGGUGUUGCUAUGAAGUACCUCAAAGGAAGAGCGUUGAUCUAGAACCAGAAGUGAAAGACUAACACUGAUCCUGGAUCAGUGCCUCUUUUAACACGGGAUGCAGGAUUCUGGCAUUUCCACUGAGAGAGCCAGUGCAUUCGAGAAGAGGCUCUUUUGAUGGUUAAGGGUUUCAGCUUUCAAAAGCGGCGCUACUUGAACCCCUUAGCUUUAGAAAAAAACAUUUCAACCACUUGUAUUUGUAAUUUUGUCCCCCUGAGAGAGAAAUAUUUUUUUCUAAGUGUAUGAUGGGUCCUUGGUCAUGUUCUGCCUCGCUUGUGAGUCUCGUCUGCCAAUCUUGGUGCGCUGAAAGUGUUGUACUCUGACAUCAAAUGCAGGCAGAGAAUAUUUUUUUUCAUUUCACACUUAUUUAAAAAAAAAAAAAAAAAAAAAAAAAAAAAAGAUACUCAUGGGUUAGAUGGUUAACGAUUGUACGUUUCUAAAUGGGUUCUGCUUGGAAACGGUUGUGAAACCUUUUGUUUUAAGGUUCUACAUGAUUAUUAGCUGCUAAUGAAUCUCUCUCUCUCUGUGUGUGUGUGUGUGUGUGUGCACUGGAUCUCAAAUGUCAGUUCUUAUGAUCUGUUGUUAAUUCAUUGGACAUUUUUUUUUUAAAACAUCAGCCACUAUUUUUUUUAUUUCUAGUCACUCUUGAUCAUGUGACCAAGCUGCAGUCUCUUCAUUAUGUCCCAUUAUUGUAGCUAAACUCCUGAGGGACUCAUCGUUUGACGCCGUCGUGCCAGUCUUCCAGUCCGGAUGCACCUUUAAUCCUUUAAAUUAGACAAGAGGAAGCCAUGGCUGCUGAAUUUUAUCGAAUCGUUAAGCUUUUUAUAUCUUUGCUGUGUCGACUGUUUAAAAAAAUAAAUAAAUAAACCAAAGGCAUGUUUUCUGUAACUGAUCUGUCCAGUGUCUAUAUGGGUUCAGAUGGAAACGGCUCAAUGGCAAGCGUGCCUACAGUUAGUAUUGUUCCAAAAAAAAAAUAAAAA